AAACAAACAUCAAACAUCAAAAAUCAAACAUCGGAAAAACCAGAAUAACCAAAGGCCUUUGUUUUCCAUAGGAUUCAACAUACCAUCUCCCGAUGUCACCGCCAAUCGAAGAAAUCCUAGCAGACUACGACUGGCAACCUGAACUUGUCGAACGCAUCUCUUACCGUGACGUCGCUACCCCCAUAAAGAUCCAUCCUCCAAACCCAGCGUGGCCCCAGAUAUUUCUCGGAAUCAGAAAUCGCAUCAUUGCCGCGCUGGGCGAAACCGCUCUCUCUGUAAACCACGUCGGAUCAACCAGUGUGCCCGGUCUCUCCGCCAAAGACAUCAUCGACAUCGACCUAGUGGUCCAAGACUCCACCGAUGAAAGCGCUUAUGUAAAAGCUCUCGAGUCUGCAGGAUUUAAUUUCCUGCUCCGCGAGCGUCAUUGGCAUGAACAUCGAUUCUUCUACACUUCUGCGCCGCAAGCGAUAAACCUACACGUUUGGGGUCCAGAUUGUGCGGAAGUGGCACGACAUCAGAUCUUCCGUCAACGUUUACUCGGACAUCCUGGAGAUUUGGCCAUGUAUGCUGAGUGCAAGGAUGUAGCGGCGAGGGAGACCAGGGAAGAUGGUGGGGAUAUGAAUGAAUAUACUGCGAGAAAGACGGAGGUCAUCAAGAAGAUUUUGAGGAAUGCUUUUGUGCAAUUGGGGUAUAUUAGUGGCAAUGAGGGUUAUUAGAUGAUUAUAGAGUGAGCAUUUUGGCGUCUGUGGCCAAUGUCGGUCUUUGGGGGACACCAGAAUGGAGAUUCAGCAUGACAUUCGACGUACAUAGGUGUGCUUGUUAUAGAUGUUUGUCCGGGAGCUAUUUGUGGCAUACAUGGAGGGUCACAUACAAGACAAAGAUCAAGACCUGUGUUCAAGCGGUUGCUGUCAGUAUCUCGGCUUUCGCACGCGCGCGCCUAUCAGGCAGCGACACGCAGGACAAGGCGCGUUAUGCAACAACGCUAGAAUUGCAGUCCAACGCCAUUUUCGACACGCAAAGCUAUGUUUGACGACAUUCAUCCUUCUCGGU